GCUCCUGGCGCUGAGGACAAGGUUCCAGACGCUGCGGACAAGGUUCCUGGCGCUGAGGACAAGGUUCCUGGCACUGAGGACAAGGUUCCUGGCGCUGAGGACAAGGUUUAUGGCGCUGAAGGCAAGGUCCUUGGCGGUGAGGACAAGGUUCUUGGCGCUGAGUACAAGGUUCCUGGCGCUGAGAACAAGGUUCCUGGCGCUGAGGACAAGGUUCCUGGCCCUGAAGACAAGGUUCUUGGCGCUGGGGACAAGGUUCUUGGCGCUGCCAACAAGGAUCCUGGAGCUGACUACAAAGUUUCUAGCGCUCAGGAAAGGUUCCUGGAGCUGACGACAAUGUACCUGGCGCUGAGGACAAGGUUCCUGGCGCUGAGAACAAGGUUCCUAGCGCAGAAGGCAAUGUACCUGCCGCUGUGGACAAGGUUCCUGGCGCUAAGGACAAUGUUCCUAGCGCUGAGGACAAUGUUCCUGGCGUUGAGGACAAGGUUCCCGUCGCUGAGGACAAGGUUUCUGGCGCUGAGAACAAGGUUGCUGGCGCAGAGUACGAGGCUCCUGGCGCUGAGCACAAGGUUCAUGGCGCUGAGGACAAGGUUCCUGGCGCUGAGGACAAGGUUCCUGGCGCUGAGGACGAGGUUCCCGGCACUGAGGACAAGUUUCCUGCCGUUGAGGACAAGGUUCCUGGGGCUGAGGAGAAGGCUUCUGGCGCUGAGAACAAGGUUGCUGGCGCUGAGUACAAGGGUCCUGGCGCUGAGGAGAAGGUUCCUGGCGCUGACGACAAGGUUCCUGGCGGUGAGGACAAGUUUUCCGCCGCUGAGGAUAAGCUUCCUGCCACUGAGGACAAUGUUCCCAGCGCUGAGGACAAUGUUUCUGGCGUUGAGGACAAGGUUCCCGUCGCUGAGGCGUAGGUUCCUGCCGCAGAGUACAAGGUUCCUGCCGCUGAGCAUACGGUUCCUGGCGAUGAGGACAAGGUUUCUGGUGAUGAGGACAAGGUUCCUGUCGCUGAGGACAAGGUUCCUGGGACUGAGGAGAAGGCUUCUGGCACUAAGAACAAGGUUCCUGCUGCAGAGGACAAGGUUCCUGCUGCAGAGGACAAGGUUCCUGGCGCUGACGAAAAGGGUCCUGGCGCUGAGGAAAAGGGUUCUGACGCUGAGGACAAGGUUCCAGUGACUGAGAACAAGGUUCCUGGAGCUAAGGACAAUCUUCCUGGCGCUGACGUCAAGGCUCCAGGCGCUGAGGACAAGGAUCCUGGCGCUGAACUCAAGGUUCCCGGCGCUGAGGACAAGGUUCCUGUCCCUGAGGAUAAGGUUUCUGCCGCUGAGGAGAAGGUUCCAGAGGAUGAGGACAAGGUUCCUGGCGCCGAGGACAAGGUUCCUGUCGCUGAGGAAAAGGUUCCUCGCGCUGAGGACAAGGUUCCUGGCGCUGAGGAAAAGGUUUAUGGCGCAGAGAACAAGGUUCUCGGCGCUGCGGACAAGGUUCCUGGCGCUGAGUACAAGGUUCCUGGCGCUGAGGACAAGGUACCUGUCGCUGAGGACAAGGUUUCUGGCGCUGAGGACAAGGUCCCUGGCGCUGAGGACAAGGUUCAUGGCGAAGAGGACAAGGUUCUUGGCGCUAAGGACAAGGUUCCUCCCGCUGAGUAAAGGAUCCUGGCGCUGAGGACAAGGUUCCUGGCGCUGAGGACAAGGUUCCUGCUGCAGAAGACAAGGUUCCUGGCGCUGAGGAAAAGGAUCCUGGCGCUGAGGAAAAGGGUUCUGACGCUGAGGACAAGGUUCCAGUCGCUGAGAACAAGGUUACUGGCGCUGAGGACAAGGUUCCUGGCGCUGAAGUCAACUCUCCAGGCGGUGAGGACAAGGUUCCUGUCGCUGAGGACUAGGUUCCUCCCGCUGAGUACGAGGUUCCUGCUCCCGCAGAGGACAAGGGUCAUGGCGCUGAGGACAAGGGUCCAGCGCUGAGGAAAAGGCUCCUGGCGCUCAGAACAAGGCUCCUGACGUUGAAGACAAGGUUCCUGGCGCUGAGGACAAGGUUCCUGGCGCUGAGGACAAGGUUCCUGUCGCUGAGGACGAGGUUCCUGGCACUGAGGACAAGUUUGCCGUGGCAGAGGAAAAGGUUCCUGGCGCUGAGGACAAGGUUCCUGGCGCUGAAGUCAACUCUCCAGGCGGUGAGGACAAGGUUCCUGUCGCUGAGGACUAGGUUCCUCCCGCUGAGUACGAGGUUCCUGCUCCCGCAGAGGACAAGGGUCAUGGCGCUGAGGACAAGGGUCCAGCGCUGAGGAAAAGGCUCCUGGCGCUCAGAACAAGGCUCCUGACGUUGAAGACAAGGUUCCUGGCGCUGAGGACAAGGUUCCUGGCGCUGAGGACAAGGUUCCUGUCGCUGAGGACGAGGUUCCUGGCACUGAGGACAAGUUUCCCGUGGCAGAGGAAAAGGUUCCUGGGGCGGAGGACAAAUCUUCUGGCACUGAAAACAAGGUUCCUGCUGCUGAGGACAAGGUUCCUGGCGCUGAGGAGAAGGCUCCUGUCACUGUGGACAAGGCCCCUGUAGUUGAGGACAAGGCUCCUGGCGCUGAAGAAAAGCCUCCUGGCGCUGAGGAAAAGGAUUUUGGCACUGAGAACAAGGUUCCUGCAGCUGAGGACAAGGUUCCUGCCGCUAUGGAAAAAGGUCUUGGCGCUGAGGACAAGGGUCCUAGCGCUGAGGACAAGGUUCCUGGAGCUGAGGACAAGGUUCCUGGUGCUGAAAAAAAGGUUCCAGUCGCUGAGGACAAGGUUCCUGGAGCUGAAGUCAAGGCUCCAGGCACAGAGGACAAGGUUCCUGGCGCUGAAGUCAAGGUUCCUGGCGCUGAGGACAAUGUUCCUGUCGCUGAGGACUAGGUUCCUGGCGCUGAGGACUAGGUUCCUGUCGCAGAGGACUAGGCUCCUCCCGCUGAGUACAAGGUUUCUGUCGCUGAGGACAAGGUUCCUGUCGCCGAGGACAAGGUUUCUGGCGCUGAGGACAAGGUUACUGGUGCUGAUGACAAGAUUCCUGUCACUGAGGACAAGGCUCCUGUAGCUGAGGACAAGGCUCCUGGCGCUGAAGAAAAGGCUCCUGGCGCUGAGGAAAAGGCUUUUGCCAGUGAGAAAAUGGUUCCUGCCGCUGAGGACAAGGUUCCUCUCGCUGGGGAAAAAGGUUCCUGGAGCUGAGAACAAGGUUCCAGUCGCUGAGGACAAGGUUCCUGGCGCUGAGGUCAAGGCUCCUGCUGCUGAGAACAAGGUUUUUGGCGCGGAAGUCAAGGUUCCUGGCGCUGAGGACAAGGUUCCUGUCGCUGAGGACUAGGUUCCUGGCGCUGAGGACAAGGUUCCUGUCGCUGAGGACUAGGCUCCUGCCGCUGAGGAAAAAGGUCCUGGCACUGAGGACAAGUGUCCUGGCGCUGCGGACAAGGUUCCUGGAGCUGAGAACAAGGUUCCAGUCGCUGAGGACAAGGUUCCUGGCGCUGAAGUCAAGGCUCCAGGCGCUGAGAACAAGGCUUUUGGCGCUGAAGUCAAGGUUCCUGGUGCUGAGGACAAGGUUCCUGUCGGUGAGGACUAGGUUCCUGGCGCUGAGCACAAGGUUCCUGUCGCUGAGGACUAGGCUCCUGCCGCUGAGUACGAGGUUCCUGUCGCUGAGGACAAGGUUCCUGUCGCUGAGGACAAGGUUCCUGUCGCUGAGGAUAAGGCUCCUGGAAUUGUGGACAACGCUCCUGUAGCUGAGGCCAAGGCUCCUGGCGCUGAAGAAAAGGAUCCUGGCGCUGAGGAAAAGGGUUGUGACGCUGAGGACAAGGUUCCAGUCGCUGAGAACAAGGUUACUGGCGCUGAGGACAAGGUUCCUGGCGCUGAAGUCAACUCUCCAGGCGGUGAGGACAAGGUUCCUGUCGCUGAGGACUAGGUUCCUGCCGCUGAGUACGAGGUUCCUGCUCCCGCAGAGGACAAGGGUCAUGGCGCUGAGGACAAGGGUCCAGCGCUGAGGAAAAGGCUCCUGGCGCUCAGAACAAGGCUCCUGACGUUGAAGACAAGGUUCCUGGCGCUGAGGACAAGGUUCCUGGCGCUGAGGACAAGGUUCCUGUCGCUGAGGACGAGGUUCCUGGCACUGAGGACAAGUUUGCCGUGGCAGAGGAAAAGGUUCCUGGCGCUGAGGACAAGGUUCCUGGCGCUGAAGUCAACUCUCCAGGCGGUGAGGACAAGGUUCCUGUCGCUGAGGACUAGGUUCCUCCCGCUGAGUACGAGGUUCCUGCUCCCGCAGAGGACAAGGGUCAUGGCGCUGAGGACAAGGGUCCAGCGCUGAGGAAAAGGCUCCUGGCGCUCAGAACAAGGCUCCUGACGUUGAAGACAAGGUUCCUGGCGCUGAGGACAAGGUUCCUGGCGCUGAGGACAAGGUUCCUGUCGCUGAGGACGAGGUUCCUGGCACUGAGGACAAGUUUGCCGUGGCAGAGGAAAAGGUUCCUGGCGCUGAGGACAAGGUUCCUGGCGCUGAAGUCAACUCUCCAGGCGGUGAGGACAAGGUUCCUGUCGCUGAGGACUAG